AUGAACGACAAUUGCUUCGAAAUUCUCCGACUCAACUCUUUUGACGUCAUGCGUGGCCUAUGCAAACCAACAAACAACCACGUGCCCCAAAUCUCUGCCGAAAUCGGACCGGUGGCCUGCUUGGCAAGUACGCUGCGGAUCAUACCUGAUAUAUUCCGACUCCCGCACAAUUGGAAGGUUCCCGCUGCCCAGGCACUAGGGGCCGUUGGGAGCCCUCCCGUGCUCUGGUGGUGGUCUCUCUUUUCUUCUCCGCGCUCAUCACCUCAUGAUUGUGUAGGUGGUGACCUCUUCCCGCACGGUGCUGUUGCAACAGCGUCUUGCUACUACCCUGAUGCAAGAUGGCUGCAGGAGAAUUUAAAAUUCGUUCGUGGCGGGGUUAGAUACACGAUGUUUCGCUCCAUGUUCUUUCAGCUCCUCCGCAUGGGAGUACAGAGACAGGCAUCAGGCCUUAGUUCUCACCUGGCGUCUGACACUUGA